CUAAACCUUUACGGGAAUAAUUUAUUCCAUCCUGAAGAACAAGUGCCAGAAUGAAACUUCUAAUGGUCUUUCUAUGUUCUUUGUUGUUCUACCCAUCACAGAACCUGCCUGCCAAGGUGUCACAAUCCUUUGAUGAAAAGGAUGAAAGGGUAAUACGAUUGACAUUAGACCCAGACAAGCCAGAGAAUGAUUCAGCAAUUGGAGAGAAUGAUCUUGGAAAAGAGGAGCUGUAUCCUACUGAUCAAAUUUUGAAGAUAAACAGUCAGUUUGAAGGAAAUGAGUUUGAAGAUGUGUCCAUCAUCUUUGGAGAUAUUGCUGUGUAUAAAGGAUUGGGAAAUGCUCACAAGUGUCUUUUCAACACUUGUCGUUGGCCAAAGUCUAGAAAUGGAAAAGUCUACAUUCCAUACCAACUUUCAUCAUCAUUCAGAAGGAGCGACAGACAGGUUAUAUUAGGUGCAAUGAAAGCCAUAGAGAAAGUAACCUGCAUUCAGUACAGACAACGGAAAAAACAGAAAAACUACCUUUCAAUUACACCACGUACUGGAUGCUGGUCCUUUGUAGGAAGACAACUUGGUGGACAAGACCUCUCCCUUGGUACAGGAUGUGUUUAUCAUGGUAUUGUCCAACAUGAACUUCUGCAUGCUUUGGGCUUUCACCACGAACAGUGUCGCAGUGACCGGAAUAAGUUUGUUAGAAUCUACUUCAAAAACAUUAAAGAAGGCAGGGAAGGUAACUUUAAAAGGCUGAACACCAAUAAUCUGGGAACACGCUACGAUUAUGGCUCAAUUAUGCAUUAUGGAAAGAAUGCCUUCUCUAAGAAUGGAAAGCCAACUAUUUUACCUAAGCCAAAUCCAAACAUACCAAUAGGACAACGAUUAGGCUUAAGUCGUACAGACAUAAAGAAGAUCAAUAAACUCUACAAAUGCAGAAUGGCUUGAUAUCACUGGUAACAAAUGGAGCCAUCUCUUGGACUGCAGAGUGCGCUACUAAGAGCUUUUACUCAUUACAAGAAACUCACUAAACAUGUUUAUGAUUUUAACAAGUAUUUUAUUAAGCAGAAGAAGGCAUAUUUUUCAUGACUAAUGAACUGGCUUUAAUGAUUUGCAAACUGAUGCUCCAGCACAGCCCAUAUACAGAAAUAUCUUGUUUAUUUGCUUUUAAUAAAAGUAAUCUGCAGUAAAAAAA